AUGACGUUACACUUGACCGGUGGUUUGGGUAACGGCACCUUCGCCGGUAACGUUGUAGGCAAAAAUUCUCCAGGCCAAAGAUGGAAGGAGCCGAGAUACAUUAGACCAAUUAACAUUCGUCGGAGCAAAGGUUCGAAGUCCGAUGUCAAACUGAAUAAACAGGGAGCUUCUUUCUUGGAGAAUGCAGUUUUAAGGAUCGAGGAACGUCGAGCAGAUUUGGCGAAUCGUCAGCAUUGCUUGCGAGAAAAAAUCACAGCGAUGGAGCGAUCGAUACCCGCGCUCAUGGCGUUCAACAUGUGGAAAUCGGGAUCGAAGUGUAACGAUCCGCCGAUGUGCAAAAUACGACAGAUAAUGAAAAAAAUGUCACCGAAUUCUGAUCCAACGGAGAAACUGGUGGAUGGUCUGAAGAAUACUGUUGAGAGUCUGAAGACGGAAACGGGCGAAUUGCACGACAAAAUCAUUGCUGCGGAUAUCAAACUCGAGGAGUCCGAAAUGGAGUUGGAAUCGCUUGAGUUAGAAAACAAAGAAUUCGAUGAAAGGCUGCAGAGCCUCCAAAAGGAAUUGACGAGUAACAAAACUCCGAGUUUGCACUCCAUACACUCCGAGGAUCUCAUUUGUCUAGCAAGGAUUAGAGAACUGGGGGAGGAAGAAAUGAAUUUUAAAAAUAGCAUAAGAGAACUCGAGGAACGUGAAACAAUAUUCCAAGAACAAAUCAAUCGCAUUCUCACAUCGAGAGAUUUUCAAAAAUCCAUGUCCACCGAUCAGCCUAAUGAAAGAAAAGUUCAAGAACUGAAAAACAAAACUCGUUCCAAAGGAAAAGAGGCUGAGAAAUCCGUUCCCAAGAAACCAGUUUCGAAACCGAGUACAUCUGGUGCUAAAACCGUAGCGAUAAUGGAGCCUGCGAAGAAGGCUUUGACUCAACUAGAAACUAGCGCCAGAGAGAAAUACUUAAAGUCACCAGCUGGAAUGAUUUCGGGGCUAACGAUGUGUCACGACAAAACAACUUGUCCAGCCAGUUCGAAGCCUUCCGUUUCCAAUAGGACUCCGGUACACCGAAACGCGCGAAAUUCGUGCGGCGUGGUCCAUCAAAAGUCGCAUCCCUCGUCGAUUUCCUCCCCGAAAUCUUGCUGUUCCGCUCUGUCUACGAAAUCUUCGGGAUCGCAGAGACGCAGUUGUCUAUCUUGUUGCAAAAAUUCAUCGAACCCUCGCAAGUCCUCGAGCAAAUGGUACGGUCGGUCAUCCGCGCCUCAAUGGAAAUGUUGCAAGGGAAAAGCUUGCUGUCAACUGUCUUUUGCCAAAAAAUCGGGGGGUGCGAUGUGUAAAAGGUGUCAAGGCUGGAUCCCUCCGAGUCAGAUUCGUACUGUUUCGAAAAAUGCUCCCCCUUGCAUGGGCAAAUGUGCGGUAGACGAGUCCGAGACUGCUUGCAACUGUUCCAAACAUUUGGAAAGUCUGGAGCAUCGAGGACACGAAAAUCUUAAAGCCUCGAGACUCAACGAUCAGAGCGCCAGUGAUGAAGAAUAUUCAGAGUGCUGCGACUGCGGUUGCAAUGAUUCUGACAUUUCUACGGAUUCUUGUGAAUUCUGAAUGUACGAUAACAUCGGAAAACUGCACGAUGACUUCAUCCGGGAAUGAAUUGACUUAUUACUAUGCAGACACUGGAUCGAGGCCAUUGGAAAUUGUUGCAUCAGCGAAAAGUCCAUUUAGAAAGAGUAGAAUGCGACUUGAAUCAUUUACUUUGAAAGCGCCACCACGAUCGGCUGUUCACAAUU